AGCGGAAGUUGCAGUCAAGGCAUUACUCCAUCUAGAAUCUCAUUACAAAGUUGUGGAGAUAGUGGCUAGUACAGAUGCUCCUGAACGUUCAUUUGAGGAGCUCUUUGGUUCAAUAGAACAGCAGUGACUUAACGGCUUAUCGAUCUUUUCCAGAGAAAAAUUGUUUUCCUGAAAAACGUCCAGCAAGGAGUUGAAGGAGUGCAAAACGAGCUCAUCCGUAUGAAGUGCUUCCUGAAAGAUGCAGAUAUGAAGCAAGAGGAAGAUGAGGACGCAACAAUCCGCAAUUGGGUAUCUGAAAUCAGAGCAGUUGCCUACCAUGCUGAGGAUGUGAUUGAAAUAUUCAUCCACCAAGUUGAGUCCCAACAACGACAGAGUGUCUUCGUCAAGUGUGCCUUCUAUCCUAAGAAACUAUACUGUCUUUAUGAAGUAGGAAAAGAGAUUGAAUCGAUUCAGGCCAGAAUUCUUGAAAUAUCCAACAGCCGUGAAAGAUAUGGCAUCAGGAAUAUUCAAGGGCACGGAGAAGGUGAAGGUUCAAGUACAACACGUGAGAAAAUGCGUGAACUACGACGCUCCUCGCCCUUUGUUGCAAAUAAAGAUGUUGUUGGUCUAGAGAAGCAUGUGAAUUCUGUUGUGUCAAUCCUUCUGAAGGAGGACAAAAGGCUUUGUGUUGCUUCAAUUGUUGGUAUGGGGGGCAUUGGUAAGACGACUCUUGCCAAAGAAGUUUAUAACCAAAGUCAAAUCAGAAACAAGUUCGAUACUCGGGCAUGGCUUUAUGUAUCCCAAGAAUAUAAGCCCAUGAAGAUCAUCAAGGAACUCAUUUUACAACUGGCAAAACCAGAAGAAGAUAAAGCAAUGAUAGUGGAUAGGAUGGACCAAUUGCCACAGGCUGGUUUGGAGGUAAUGCUCCAGAGGCGUUUGGAAGAUACAUGCUAUCUCAUUGUUCUUGAUGACAUCUGGACCACAGAAGCAUGGGAUCUCAUUGUUAGGUCAUUACCUGACAACGAUAAGUCAAGCAGAUUACUACUUACCAGCCGCAGAAUGGAGGUUGCUUUGCAUGCAGAUGCCCAUACUCCUCCCUACAAACUUGAAGUAUUGAGUGAAGAGGAGAGUUGGGAACUCUUUCUCAAGGAAGCAUUUUCCGAGAAUCUAGAGUGUCCACAAGACUUGGUGGAUGUGGGGAAAGCGAUUCUGCAAAAAUGUGACGGUUUGCCACUGGCAAUCACUGUCAUGGGAGGCAUCUUGGCUGGGAAGAAGAAGCAAAAAAGUGAGUGGCAGAGAGUACAGCGAAACCUCAGUUCAGACCUUGUCAAAACUCAUGGCGUAUCAACAAUUUUGGCGUUGAGUUAUCAGGACUUACCUCCCCAUUUAAAAUCUUGCUUUCUCUACUUAGCCCUUCUCCAAAAAGGGAAAGACAUCCUUGUGAAGCAACUCAUGCACUUAUGGAUUGCCCAUGGUCUUAUUCAUCGAAAGGAAGAACAAAAAUUAGAGGACAUAGUAGAGGAUUAUCUUGAUGAGCUCAUUGGUAGAAAUAUGCUUCAAGUAAUCCGAGUUAGAGCGGAUGAAAGAGUUAAAAGUUGCCGGCUCCAUGAUCUCCUACGAGACUUUUGUAUUAUGAAGGCCAAGGAAGAAAUAUUCUUCGAAGUAGAUACUCCAUCUACAUCCCUCUCUGAAUUUCGGCACCAUGUGCUUUACAGUCCACUCGAGAGGUACAAUUCAAAAUCUUAUGUAAGAUCCCUUCUAUCCUUCGAUUCAUCUUCCACACUAGUUAACCUUGAUUGUAUUUGUACAAGUAGUUUCAAACUUCUCAAAGUACUAUACAUAGACUCUCCUGGUUUAAAGGUGAUCUCAGAUAGCAUUGGAAAACUAUUUUCCUUGAAGUACUUUGGCUUAGGACGUAAGACACGCAUAAAGAAGCUUCCCCGUUCAAUAAGUCAUUUGCAAAACUUAGAGACAAUAGAUAUGCCCAUGUCUAGGUAUUAUUCUGUGCUAGUUCCUAAUGUCUUGUGGAGGUUAGUGAAUCUGCGGCAUCUGCUUGGUUACAUAAAUUCCCCUACCCUAUUGAAGAUUGACCUGCUUAACAAUCUCCGAACUCUAGGCAGCAUACCUGUUCAUCACUGGUUGCACAAUGAAAACCUGACAAGAAUGACGAAACUCCAAAAAGUGGGUUUACUCAUUGAAAGUGGUAAUAACCUAGACAUGGAUCGAUUAUGUGAUUCACUUGCAAAGCUUGAGAGCCUUCAAUCUUUGUUCUUGGAAGUAGACGAUGGAUUAUGUAUAUCUUUGGUUGCUGGUUUAUCUCAGUUGAGUCAUGUCGUCAAGCUUAAGUUGAAGGGAAAUUUAGCACCAAUACCAGCUCAUCCUUGUGUAUUUCCACCUAAUCUAUGUCAUCUCACUUUGGUGAACUCCGACCUCCAUCCAAGUUCAAUCCAAGUGUUGGAGAAGUUAACCAACUUGUCAGUUCUAAAACUAGUUAAUGCUUUUAAACUAUAUGAUCAGCUAGCUGAAAGUAUGACAAUAUCGAGGAAUGGAUUUUGCGGGCUCAAGUUUCUCAGGGUGGAUGAAGUAAAGUGUGUGAAAGAGAUGAAGCUAGGGAAAGGUGCAAUGGCAGGACUCAAAUGCCUGCAGAUCUUCAAAUGCUACUCGUUGCGGAGACUCCCAGAGAAGUUGAUAUCAUUGACUAACCUUGAGAAGCUGGAGAUUCGAGAAAUGCCUGAAGCAUUUAUAGCUAGGCUUCAAGAUUCUGAUUUGCACAAACUCCAACAUAUUCCCAACAUUGUGAUUGGACAUCCCUGCACAGAUUAUGAAGAAUGGAUCCAAGAAGAAAUGGAGCGUCUAAAUAUCACUAGAAAAAUCAGGUUGAAAAGCAGAGACAACAAGAGCAGCAGUUCUGUUCCAGGAAGAACAAAUGUCAAUACUGAUUGAUUUGCUUAUUUUCUUUUAAUCUUUCCAGUCAUAUGUUCUCCAUUAGCAAGAGGGAAAUGUGACUUAUUACCUGUUCAGAACAUGCAUUUAGAAGAAGCAUUUUCUUUCUCCA